GAUGGUCAGUUUAGGAUAAUUGUUUAUGUUAUCUUAAAUCUGAGUUGUGUUUUGGUUUCUUGAUAUAGCCUCAGAUGCGUUUUUCCUUGCUUCUGUACGUAGUGUUUUUGAUACCCACAAGCGGGUCCUUUUCCUUUUGCCACUAGCUUCCUUAAUUGCAUACAGAGUCCUCCCUUUCGCUUAUCCGUACACAGUAAACCAUAUAUCCUUCUCUUUCAAUAUCUGUAUUUAUCUGCAGUCCCCAUACAGCCCCAACUUUCAUUUUUCUUUUUCUUUGAAAAUAUAAAGAAAACAUAUGAAAUGAAGGGUUUAGAACAACUGCACGUCGAAGAUGGAGAAAACCCUACUGGGUUUGAUGCGGUUGAUCGUCUGGAGGAAGUUAUGGGCAAGGAAGAUAGGGAGAUCUGGCUGGAGAGACAGCAAAAUCACCUGCUUGAUAUAAACGAUGAUGCGUCGUUUUUCUACAGUCAGUUUCCUCCUCUUCCGGAUUUCCCUUGCAUGUCAUCUACUUCAUCUUCUUCGUCCACUCCGGCACCUGUUAAAGAGAUUGCAUGCUCUUCCUCUGCUUCCACGGCGUCGUCGUCUUCUUCUGCAGCUUCUUGGGCCGUUUUAAGGUCGGAUGCAGAUGAGGAUGUUGAGAAAAGGAAAAUUAAUGAUCAUCAUGAUGAGCAACAGUAUACGGCGGAUGCAUCCACGGUUGCUUUGUCUUCCACCGCCUCAAUGGAGAUGCCUCAGCAGCCGUUGGAUGAUGGCUUUGAUGUGGUUGAUUGUAUGGAUGUUAUGGAGAAUUUUGGGUACAUGGAUCUGCUUGAUAAUAACGAUUUCUUUGAUCCUUCUAGUAUACUCCAUCCCGACCAAAGCCCCGUUGAGGAGAUUCAACAGAAGGAGAAGCAACCGCGACAAGUGUUGGAUCAAGAAGAGCAAAUGAUUAUAUUACAGGGGAAUAACAACAACAAUGAGAACGGACAAGACGGAGCUACAGAAGAUCUAGCCAUGGUGUUUUUGGAGUGGCUGAAGACGAACAAGGAGACUGUUUCUGCGGAGGACUUGAGGAGAGUUAAGAUCAAGAAAGCCACCAUAGAAUGUGCUGCCCGGCGGUUGGGUGGUGGAAAAGAAGCAAUGAAACAACUGUUGAAACUGAUUCUGGAGUGGGUUCAGACAAAUCACCUUCAGAAGAGAAGAAUAAAAUAUUCACCUUCCCUGAAUAACAAUAACGUUCCCUAUCAAUACCAACCAGACCCAUUUCAAAACCCUAACCCUACUCCGAACCCAUAUGAAACACCACCUGAGACAAACCCGUGUUUCUCUCACAGCCCCUGGAUUGCACAACCAGCAACGUAUGUUCCUGAUCCAGCAGCGGUUGGUCCGGGAUUUGCGCCAGUAGUUGGGUAUAUGGAUCCUUUCUCCAGUGCAGGUUCUAAUAUCAAUGCUGCCCUUCAGCCUCCUUACCAGCCUCAAACAGAGUAUCACAUGCUGGACUCUUCCCAAACAUGGCCUCCUUCACCAUUUGCUCUAGCUUCUCAAUACAAUACAAUUCCAGAUAACAACCUCCAGUCGCCACCUCCUCCUCAGCCUGUUUUCACCGGGUAUGCAAAUCGUUACCCGUACCCAUACAUCCCAGGGCACAACGACCCAGGGUUAGCACGGUUAGGUUCUUCAGCCACACGAGAGGCGAGGAAGAAGAGGAUGGCCAGGCAGAGGAGGUUCUCAACGCACCACAGAAACCAUAGCCACCAUCAUAAUCAUCAGAGCCAGAAUCAAAAUCAGAGCGCGGAUCAACACGCAAGACUUGGAAGUGAUAAUUGCACAGCUGCAGCUCAAGUGAACACUGCCGGAAACUGGGUUUAUUGGCCUCCUGUUGCUGGUGCAGUAGGAUCUGCCCCUCCUGGUGAUGCACCCGUUGGACAUCCAGUAGACCGCACAGCAAUGCAAGGGCAGAACUACCACCGGCAAUCUGCAUCAGAUAAACGACAGGGAUGGAAAUCUGAGAAGAAUUUACGGUUUCUUUUGCAAAAAGUGUUGAAGCAGAGUGAUGUGGGAAACCUUGGGAGAAUUGUGUUGCCAAAAAAAGAAGCAGAAACUCAUCUGCCGGAGCUGGAAGCGAAAGAUGGAAUCCCCCUUGCCAUGGAAGACAUUGGAACAUCUCGAGUUUGGAACAUGCGUUAUAGUUUCAGAUUCUGGCCAAACAACAAAAGCAAGAUGUAUCUCCUUGAAAACACAGGGGAUUUCAUAAGAACUAAUGGACUUCAAGAAGGAGAUUUCAUAGUUAUAUACUCCGACGUGAGAUGCGGAAAAUAUUUGAUAAGAGGAGUGAAAGUGCGGCAACCGGAGACCGGCGGAGGAGCGAAAUCAGAGAGCAAGAGGCCGGAAAAGAUGCAGAAAAACCAGCAUGCAAGCUCUCCAUCUUCUGUUGUCGUCAAUGGGUCGUCAUCUUAAACAAUAAAGUAAGAAGAAAUUAAUUAAGAGCCACACGCUGAACCUUUGCCCUCUUGCCACCUUUCGUGCAUGCAUGAAGAUGAAUCGACAAGUGUACAGUGGAGAUGCAUGGGAGAUGUUAAUUACCCAAAACUUUUUUCAUGUUUUCUGGCUCAGUAAAAUUAAAAUAUAGCGUAGGGUUCUUGCGUAUGUGCAGUAUUGAUGAUUUGGGAUACGACAAAAUACGUACGUGUAACGUGUAUGUGUUUAAAGUGUGAGAUAUACGUACAAUAUUAUUUUUAUUAUAUGGCUUUUUCAUUAAAUGCCUUCAUUGCCC